AUGAAAGAAUAUGAAUAUAAUUUUAAUAUAAAUUCACAAAAUUUCAAAGAAACUUUUAAAUCAUUGGAAAUUAAAGCAUCUGAACAAUUUGAAUCAUUGGAAAUUAGUUUACCUGAACAAUUUGAAUCAUUGGAAAUUAGUUUACCUGAACAAUUUGAAUCAUUGGAAAUGUUAAAUCAUUCUGUGAGUGAUAUUUGUGUUGUGAAUUCUGAAAAGAUUGCAGUUUCUGCAAUUAAAAGUAAUGAUUUGGGACUCCGUUUUGGAGAAAUAUAUAUUAUUGAUUUAAAUUCUAAGGAAUCGAUUUUUCCCAUUUUAAACUGCAUAAUUCUUGCUGAAGUUAUAGGGAACACGUUACAAUCACUUGAUUCAUUUGGAAAUUUGGCAAAAUGGUCCAUAGAAAACUUGAGCAAACCUCUCGAAUUACUUGAAUUGAAAAAAGAAAAUAACAUUUCUAAUAUAACAGUUGGAACACAUGGAUCAGAGACAAUUUGUGGCACUUGUUCGGGACAAAUUAUUAAAAUAAAUGAUCAAGUUGAGGUUAAUCAAGCGCACAGAUCAUUUAUAAGUGCAAUUGACUAUAACCCAUCAAACAUAGGUAAAAUACUAGCCAAUUUUUAA